AUGACGAAGAAUCACGCGCGAACGUAUCCAACCACAGGCUACAAAUGGCGAUUGCACACGUAUCAGCGCAAGCACAAGAUAUCGCUGAGUGUCAGCUACAGCUUCACACUAGCCAGCAGCUUCAAGCUCAGCAGCAGCAGUACACCGAGUCCCGUGUUCAACAAGCACGCGAUGAAGCCGAACAAAGAACCCUGGCGCUGGCUGAAAAAUAUUCGCUCAACUCAAAUAGACCCGACUGCUAUCGAGCAGCACGUAAACACACAGCUACAGUCCGCAAUUGCUGCAGCUAACGACGUCGCUCAGGCCCAAGCACGAGCUACCGUCGAAGCUCAUGCUGUACACCAAGCACAUGUAGCUGACGUCCGUAUGACGGAGACAAUCCAGCGUCUUCAAGAACAGCUUUACGCCAGCAUGGAGCAGUGCGUACAGGACGUUCUAAAAGCUCAUGUAGAACAAGUGAGUGCAGAAAUCCGACUCACAGUGGCAGCACAAUGUCGGGAAAUCCUAAAAGGUGUUGAAGAACAGAUUAACGCUAUUAAGAAGGAUACUACAACAGUGAUGGAGCAGACAAAAACUGCUGCGGAAAAGAAAGCCAAGUCGAUUGUUCGACGACACUACGCAGAGGAAAACGCAGCUCACGAGAAAAUAGAAGCGAAACUAUUGCAAUCAUUCGAAGAUUACAAGCAAACGACUGUAGCUACUGCUCUAUUGCGUGUAGAUGAACUUCUUCGAGCAUUCGUUUCCCAGCAAACUGUUAAGGUGAUCGACGUCAAAAGUCAAGUUGUUGCGCAGCAUGGAAGUAGCGCGAUGCGCAGGAACUACACAAACUAA